GUUGAAAAUAGAGAGAAAAAAAACUUAUAAAUGAAGGAAAAAUAAAGCGCGUGCGUGGAAACUACGUCUCAGGCGUUUCCUCUGCUUUCGACAAACGCGGAAGUAUAUAUAUUGCAGACGACGGGACCGUGAUCUUUUCAGAAUUACGAAAUCGAAUCAAGUCUCGUUCUUUCUUUCUGGGCAAUUGCUUGAAGACCGUCGCAGUGUCGAAUCCGCGAUAAUCAGAUUAAAAAGAACCCUAAAGUUUAGUAACCCUUUACUCUGAAAACCAAAGUGUCACAAAAAAAAAUGGGAGAUGAUCAUCAUAAUCACAAGGACAAAGGACUCUUUCACCACUUAGCAGGAUUUGCAGGCGGACAUUACCCGCCUCAUGGUCACGGUUAUGGUCAUCAUGGUCAUGGUUAUGGAGCUCCUUAUGCAUACCCGCCACCCCCUCCGCCUCCUCCUCAUUAUGGCUAUCCACCAGCUGCUUAUCCUCCACACGGUGGUUACCCUCCAGCUGGUUAUCCUCCAGCCGGUUAUCAUCGUCCAUCUCACUCUGGACAUCACCACGGAGGUCUAGGAGCGAUGAUAGCUGGUGGACUGGCUGCAGCAGCUGGUGCUCACCAUAUGUCUCACCAUGGACACUAUGGUCACCACCACGGUCACGGCUAUGGCUACGGGUAUCACGGUCACGGGAAGUUUAAACACGGCAAGUUCAAGCACGGGAAAUUCGGAAAACGCUGGAAACAUGGGAUGUUUGGGAAGCACAAGGGGAAGUUCUUCAAGAAAUGGAAGUGAUCUUUUUAUCCCCCAAACUUCAAAGAUAUCAUCAUUACAUAGCUAUAAAUAUUAAUAAGUCUGUAAAAAAUUACAUAGUUAUUAUACCAAGCCUAGGUAGAGGUUAGAAAGUUGUGAUCUUUCUUUCUUGCUGGGGUUUGGUUUUUAUGAAGCAUUUUGUUUUACAUUGGCAUUGUAUGUAUGUAUAAAGGUUUCUACUUUUCGUAGUUGGAAACUGAGAUCCACUUGUUUGAGAAAACGAUUGACUCUUUAAUAUUUGAUGUGGAACCUUCAAUAAACUUGUUACUGUAGUUCCUUUU